UACAGAAAAUUAUUUCAUUUUCUUUACACAAUUCUCCCCAUCAAACCAUAUGUAAUCAUCUUCUUUAUUAUUUUUACCAGAGUUAUUUUGCAAAACUUGUUCUGAACUUUAUUAAUUUCAAGUUUAUUUCUAUUUUUAAAUCUAAAUCGUUUUAGUUUCCCAGGAUUUAAUUUACUUUUUCAAAACUUCUUUUAUUAGGCAGGAAUCAACGAUGUCGUUCAAAUUACCUCCGCUACCCUAUGGCCUUAAGGAUCUUGUUCCUCACUUGAGUGAAGAAACUCUGACCUAUCACUACACCAAACAUCACGCCGGAUAUGUUAAUAAACUCAAUGGAUUGGUUAAAGGUACAUCACUUGAAACCAAAUCACUCGAAGAUUUAUUGAAAACCGAGAGUGGCGCCGUAUUUAAUAACGCUGCUCAAGUUUGGAAUCACACCUUUUAUUGGCAUUCAAUGUCACCAAGUGGUGGUGGAGAGCCUCGUGGGACUGUGAGAAAGCUUUUGGACCAGAAGUUUGGCUCCUUUGACAAUUUUAAGAAAGAGUUUUCAAGUGUUCUCGUCGGUCAUUUCGGUUCUGGUUGGGGUUGGCUUGUACUCAAACCUGACGGUACUCCUGAGGUUGUACAAACACAUGACGCCGGAAAUCCAUUACGUGAUAAUCACGGAACACCUUUACUAGCAUGUGAUGUAUGGGAGCACGCUUAUUACGUUGAUUACAGAAAUGACAGGGCGGCAUAUGUUAAUGCCUGGUGGAAUCUCGUUAAUUGGGACUUUGCUAAUUUGAACCUCGAAAAGCCCUUCAAACACUCUUAAAAAAUACAUUUUUCAAUCUUCUAUGGCACAAA